AAUAUAAAAUGAUAAAUAAUAAGAGAAAUGAAUUAUCUGACUCAAAUAUGUCUUAAAAAUGGUAGGUUAUCGAAAAGAUGAAUCAUUGACCCCAAAUCAGAAGUUAAUAGCAGGUGGUAUUUCUGGGAUGGUAACACGGUUUAUAACACAACCGUUGGACGUAUUAAAAGUCAGAACUCAACUGCAAAAGAAAGUAACAAAAGGUAAACAGCGAAAUGUUUUUGAGACGACUAAAAAGAUUUUCCUCGAAGAAGGUGUCACCGCCUUCUGGCACGGCCACAGUCUUGGUCAGAUUCACUCAAUAAUAUCUACGACAUCUCAAUUUUAUGUUUAUGAAGUGACAACCAAGUAUGUUUUUAGUACUCAUGCAAAUCCCAAGUAUAAAUCUUUCCUUGAGUUUAUGUGUGGAAUUUGCGCUGGGUGCUGUAGCGCCACUCUAGCCACUCCUAUAGAAGUAAUACGAGUUCGACAGAUGUUAAUACAGGAACAAUAUAGAGGUUUUAUAAAUGGCACCAAAGCAGUAUACAAAUCCGGUGGCUUACUAGCAUUUUACGAGGGAUGGGCGGCUGGAGUCCUAAUGUUAGGGCCUCAAGUCGGAAUAACCUUCUCCGUGUUCAGUUUUCUACAACCACUCUUCCUCAACUACCUGUACAGCUGCAAUGGGAAUUGUGCUCAUCCUAAAGUGAAUGCACAUAAGCCAGAGCAUCUUCUCUUCGCCACGACGGCCGCUGGCAGCAUCGCUGGUUUCAUCGCUAAAGUCCUGACGUAUCCGUUAGAUCUAGCGAAGCGGCGAUUACAGAUAGGAAGUCAUAAGCCGGAUGCAAAAUUUUACACGCCAACGACAUCGAGAAACUUAGUCCAAUGCACAAGGCUAAUACAAUGCAUCACAGAGACGUUUAAAGUUGAAGGUUUUUGGGGUUUAUACAGAGGCUUAUCUGUCACAAUAUAUAAAGCACAGAUGACGAAUAUUGUAACAUUUACGACUUACGAACUUGUAUGUUACUUUAUAAGACAAAUGUAAAUACUAAAAGUAAAAACGAUAUUUAUUCGACUGUUCUAUUGCUACUAUAGUAGAGCAGGAUUUCUUUCUCGCUAAAAUCUUGAUACUCGUAUUUAUUUUGUAUUGU